AAGGGGCCACUGGGGGAGUUUAUUUUAGCUGUGGCUGGACAUGUGGUCGGACUGGGGAAUGUGUGGAGGUUUCCUUACCUCUGCUACAAAUACAAAGGAGGUGCGUUCCUGAUACCCUACCUGGUGUUUGUGGCUACUUGUGGGCUUCCUCUGUUCCUGCUACACACAGCAAUGGGACAGCACACACUGCAUUAUGAUCCCAACUUCCAUGGGCCAGCUGUGACAACAUGUGGAAUCAGGCUAAUAGAUAAAUCAAACAGAACUCACAUUACAUCCGAAUAA